AUGUUCAGGUCUAAGCGAUAUGUCUCGGCUUUGAAUGAAAGCGUUCUGCAGUUGAGUGCAAAAAAGUUAGCGAUCAGCAUCAGGAGGAGACACUUGACUUCGACUGGCCUCGUUGAAACGUACAUACGAAGAAUUAACCAGGUUAAUCCGGAGAUACAUGCAGUGGUGGCGGAAAAUUUUGAAAACGCUUUGUUGGAAGCCGACAGAGUCGAUCAGAUUAUUGCGUCAGGAAAUGCGCCCUCCGAAACAGAGGCCCCUUUCCUCGGUGUUCCUUUUACCGUAAAAGAUUGCGUUUUCGUCAGAGGACUUCCUUGCACCGCUGGAAUUUAUCUUCGGAAAGGCAUGGUCUGUGACGAAGACGCAGAGAUUGUGCGUAAAAUGAAAGCAGCUGGCGCCAUAUUGUUGGCAGUUACGAACGUCAGCGAAUGCGGCAUGUGGUGGGAGUCGGUCAAUGGAUUAUUCCCUCGAACAAAUAAUCCAUAUGAUUUCCGGCGCACGGCUGGCGGUAGUUCCGGUGGUGAAGCUGCACUGAUCGCUGCAGGCGGCUCCGUCAUAGGCAUCGGAUCUGAUAUUGGCGGCAGCAUACGGAUUCCGGCCUACUUUUGCGGAAUAUUCGGACACAAGCCUACUUCAGGAACUGUUUCGUCCGUCGGUUUCUAUCCCCUAUGUUUUGGGUAUCAGAAAAUCAUGCAUACGCCCGGGCCAUUGUGCAGAUUUGCGGAAGAUUUGAUUCCCAUGCUUUUGGUCAUGAGCAGCGACGACCAUUUCAAACGGGAGUUAAGUGUUCCCUGA